GCACAAGGGAUUGAGCGCCAACGAAAUUUCAUUGUAGUUAAAAGUUGGAUGUGUUGUUCUGUUGUCUUUGGUCUGAAGCGGUGAGCUAAACUAUAAAAUUAAUUACAGAGCCUAAAUUUCCAACUUUUACAACGCAUUUCUUUUUAAACUGGUAUAAGGAAUGAAUCAAGCAAGACUGAGACCUAGAUCUAAAAGAAAUGCCACAGAACCUGUAAAAGCAGAAAGGAAAAGAAAAACAAGACCAUCUAUAUCAGAAGAAGAGUUUGACAAAAAGCAAAGUUUAUUACAGACAAAGGAUAUAAAUACAGAACCAGAAGAAAUUCUUGAAGCAUUUGAGGUUCUUUCUACAGCUCAAGAUAAUAUUUGUGCCUUUAGCUUAUUUAUUAAUCAGCCUGAAAAGCGGCGUAAGUCAUCAAAACCGUGUAUUUACCAAAAAGAAUUAAAGAAUAAUACUCAACAAAAUAAAAAAAAAGACUCUCAAAACACACCAAACGAACUUAUCAAAGGAAUUACAAAAUUUACUUUUUCAAACUACUUUUCACCAAUAUCUAAAGACUGUUCUCCUUUACCCAACUUAAAUUGGGCAGACUCCUAUGAAGUAUGGGAAGUUAUGCUUCAAAAAGAUAGAGAAUACAAAAGAGACUCAUUAUAUAUUCGUAGACAUCCAUCUCUACAACCAAGAAUGCGAACUGUUUUAUUAGACUGGUUAAUUGAAGUUUGUGAAGUUUACAGGCUGCAUCGCGAAACCUUUUACCUGGCUGUUGACUAUGUUGAUAGAUUUUUGUCUACACAAAAAAAUAUUGCUAAAACAAGACUUCAGUUGGUUGGAGUUACUGCCAUUUUUGUUGCAUCAAAGAUGGAGGAAAUAUACCCUCCAAAACUAUCAGAGUUUGCUUUUGUAACAGAUGGUGCAUGCACUGAUGAAGAAAUACUACAACAAGAAAUGAUUUUACUUUCAGCUUUAAAUUGGCAUUUGUGCCCAGUCACUCCUAUUUGUUGGCUAACAUCAUAUUUACAAAUUGCAAAUAGAAAAUUACGCCAAGAAAAACAAGAGAUUGAUGAAAGUUUUCAUUUACCACAGUUUUCAGGAAUACACUUGGCUAGAGUAACAGAAUUAGUUGAUCUUUGUUGCUUGGAUACAGGGUAUCUGCAAUUUUCAUACAGUAUAAUUGCUGCAUCAGCACUUUAUCAUAUGUGGGGAAAAGAUAUCUCUGACAUCACAGGACAUAAAUAUGAAGAGCUUUAUCCUUGUAUACAAUGGUUGACACCAUUUGCCAAAGUUAUUCAUAUGCAACCAAUAAAACCUAUUAAACAAUUCGAAAAAGUUUCAUCUGAUAAUGCUCAUAACAUUCAAGUGCAUAAUAAUGCAAUACAAUUAUUAGACUUCGCUCAUUCACAAAUGAUAAAUACUCAUCCUGUCAACAAUCACCCAAAAACUAGUCCUCUAGUAAAAUGUAAAGGAAUACUGACUCCUCCUCAAAGUACUGAAAAGGAAUUUCUAUAGUUUUUAUGGCGAUCCUACAUUGGGGAAAUAUGUUAAUUUAUUGCUCGUUAAUUAGUCGUUUUUCUAAAUGGCUUCAACACAAGUGUAGCAGCUUAGUUCUGCAACGUUCGCAGUUUUAUGUUCUGUGUUUUAAAAUCGUGUACAGGCGUGACAAAUACUUAUGCAUUAUAAAAAUAUUAUAAAAAGCUUCGUAAAUUA